GGCGGCGAGGAGAACGUAGGGGUAGCUCCGACCGGGCGGCGGAGCGGGGAGGCGGGAGAGGGAGGAGCCGGGGCCGGUGGGAGGGAGCGCGGAGAGCGGUGUCACCGAACGUGUGAGGCGGGGGCCGGCGGACGGCGGGCGCGGGGGGGGGGGACGGCGGAGGAUGGCGGAGCCGCGCCGGGUGCCGUUCAUUAGCCUGUCACCCGUGCGGCGCCGCGAGGGCGAGAGCCCGGCGCUGGAGCGAGAGCCGGCGGGCCGCGACCCGGAGCCACCUCCGGCGGGCCGUGAGGCGCCACCGCCGGAGCCGCCGCCGCACGAGCCGCCAAGCGACAGCGCUGCCCGCCCGGAGCCGCCCCGAGACCCCGGCCGGCCCGAGCAGCCGCCGCAGCGGGAGCCCCCCCGGCCCGAGCCGCCGCCGCUGCCGCCACCACCGCGCCAGAGCGGGCGGCAGGAGCCGCCGCCGCCGCGGGAGGCGCUCCCGCUCCGCCAGACGGUCCGCCUGGAGGUGGUGCUGAAGGACCCCACCGAGGAGGGCUGCGUGGAGUUCAGCUACCCGGAGCUGCUGCUGUGCGGGGACUCGCGGAAGAAAUCAGUUCAUUUAGAGGAUCCAUUUAAUGAUGAACAACGUGAGCGACAUGAAGUAGAAAUGCUUGCCAAGAAGUUUGAGGCAAAAUACGGUGGAAAGCCCCACAAACAUCGGAAAGAUCGCCUGCAGGAUCUAAUUGAUAUAGGUUAUGGCUACGACGAGACGGACCCUUUCAUUGAUAAUUCUGAAGCGUAUGAUGAAUUGGUUCCUGCAUCCCUGACAACCAAAUAUGGAGGGUUUUAUAUCAACACCGGUACACUGCAGUUUCGCCAGGCAUCUGAAUCAGAAGAUGAAGACUUUGCAGAAGACAAAAAACAUAGGCCGCCUAAAAUAGCAAAGUUAAAAGAAAGUGAAGAUCGUGGAAUGAAGAAACGCAAGCGAAAAGAUGAAGGGACAGAAAAGGAGAAAAAGCCUCGGAAAAUGAAAGUUCCUAAGCAGUUGGGAGUAAUGGCCUUAAAUUCACACAAGUCUGAGAAGAAGAAAAAGAAACUGUAUAAAGACUCACUCUCUCUGGCUGCCAUGAUCCGUAAAUUUCAAAAGGAGAAGGAAGCCAUGAGGAAGAAAGAACCUAGUCCAAAACCUCCAGUGACUGUUGCAACCUCUACCCCUAGUAAAAUUCCUUCCUCCUCUCUCAGUGCAGGAAAUGAUAUCUCUGACUUGAAUCUUAGGAUCAAUGAUCCUGUCCUCUCCAUUUUUGGUAGCACAAAUGAACCUGAGCUCCUGCAAGAAACUGAAAGUGCCCUGGAGAUGCUGGGAGACAUUGACUUUGAUAAGUUGCUUGAUGGCACUUCUGAUGGCAGCCCGGUCUCUGAGCUGUCAGGAGAAAAUGGAAAUGUCACUCAGGCUACCUACACCUCUCAGGUCAUGACACCCAAGCAGGUGCCUGCCCUCCCAGAAGGUCUGCCUAUGCUACUUGAAAAGCGCAUUGGAGACCUUCGAACAGCUGCCAAGAUGUUUGAUGAAGAAGGCAGGAAGAAGUUUUUCACACAAGACAUGAAUAAUAUUCUUCUGGACAUUGAGCUACAGUUACAGGAGGUGAAUCCUGCCAUCCGCAAUGGAGUGUACUCACACCUGGAGGCUUUCGUGCCGUGCAAUAAGGACACGCUGAUAAAACGCCUGAAGAAGUUACACCUCAAUGUCCAGGACGACCGCUUGAGAGAACCAUUGCAGAAGCUGAAACUGGCUGUCAGUAAUGUCAUGCCUGAACAGUUAUGCAAGUAUCAAGAGGACUGUCAGGCCCGCAAUCAAGCCAAGAAUGCCAAGUUGCAAGCAGAAGAUGAACGAGAGAAAAAUGGAUCAGAGGAAGAUGAUGACGAGAAACCAGGAAAGAGGGUUGUUGGACCCAGAAAGAAGUUUCACUGGGAUGACACAGUGAGGUCUCUGUUAUGUAAUCUUGUUAAGAUCAAGCUGGGAUGUUAUGAGCUAGAGCCAAAUAGAAGUCAGUCUGCUGAAGAUUACCUCAAAACCUUCAUGGAAACAGAAGUGAAACCACUUUGGCCUAAAGGCUGGAUGCAGGCAAGGAUGCUUUUUAAAGAAAGCCGAAGUGUUCACAAUCACCUCACUUCUGCUCCGGCAAAGAAGAAGGUGAUUCUGGCCCCUAAACCCAAAGUGAAGGACUCCAGUCCAAAAAAAGAACAGAAAACUUGUAUGUCUUCAGUCAAUUCAAGUUGUGCUACUGUACUGAGUUCCAGUGCAGCUGUGUGCACCCCAGCCAGCUCUAGUUGCACAGCAGCUCCAGAGACGAUCUGCUUGGAUGACUCACUGGAUGAGGACCUCUCUUUCCACCCACCCUCACUGGAUUCUGUUUCUGAUGCUCUGGCAGUUAUCAAUAAUGGUGCCAAGGGAUCACCUCUUGGGUCCACCAUAGACACACCAACAUCCAGACCUCGCCCUGGGCUGAGGGAAGAGAAACUAGCAAGCAUUAUGAGUAAGUUGCCUCUGGCAACUUCAAAGAAAGUAGAGACCACUCAAACAUCCCAUUCAUCAAGUCUUAUUGCUGGUCACACAGGGCCAGUACCAAAGAAACCCCAGGACUUAGUUCACACUGGUAUCUCUUCAGGCCUUAUUGCUGGAUCUUCAAUUCAAAAUCCCAAGGUUUCCUUAGAGCCUUUGCCAGCCAAACUACUUCAACAAGGACUACAGAGGUCAAGUCAGAUCCAAGCUGCUUCCUCCUCUUCUCAGACUCAUGUUUCUUCCUCUAAGACUCAAGCAGCUAUUUCCACCUCCUCUCAAAGAACCAAGGAUGCUAAUAUCUUGGUAUCGUCUGCUGAGGCUCAAGGUGGUACUUCCUCAACAUCACAAGUGACAAAGGUGCACCAGCAUUCAGCUGUACAACAGAAAUAUGUAUCUCCCUUACAAGCAACUAUUAGUAAAUCACAGACCAAUCCUGUGGUGAAAUUGAGUAGUAAUCCUAAACUCUCUUGCUCAUCACCAGUCAUCAAGGCUCAAGAUAAGUCUGUAGUGUAUCGCCUGCCUUUGUCUAAUCCCUCAUCCGGAAGUGGCUCUCAAGUGUCUCACCCACUGGUUUCUCGGACAACAUCCAGCACCUCUACCUCUAGUAACUAUUUAGCCAAGGCUAUGGUGUCACAAGUUUCUUCCCAGGGUUUCAAGCCUCCCUUCUCCAUGGCUGCCUCUCCCAAACCUGCUGCCUCUCCCAAGCCCACUUCAUCUAAGCCCUCUGUGACACCCAAGCCAAAUGCAUCACCUAAAUUUUCAUCUAAGUCCACCUCAUCCCCCAGGCCUGCAACAACACCCAGUUCUUCCAGUUCAAGUGCACUAGUUUCCCAGAGUAGUCACUCCAGCAACAACCCCCUUCAUAAACAGACCAGUGGUGUAAAUAUCAGCAGGCAGUCUCCCACAGUGAAUUUGCUGUCUUCUAAUCGCACCUCAGGCCUUCAGCCUGCAAAAAACCCUCAGGCUUCUUCAAAAUUGCCCAACUCUUCUCCUUCUGGAACUGUUGGUAAAAAUAAUCUGGGUGGAGUUGGAAUGAAUGUACCUGCCAGCAGAGGCAGUAACCUUAACUCAAGUGGAGCUAGUAGGACUAGUCUGUCUGGGGGAGCAGGAAGUGGAACACAGGGUGCUACUAAACAGUUGUCAACUCCACACAGACCAUCUUCUGCCUCAGGGUCUCCAGUUGUAGCAGCCAGUGUGCAGUCAACAGCAGGAGCAUCGUUACUGGCUAAUGCCUCACCUCUGACUCUCAUGGCAUCACCCCUGUCUGUAACCAGUCAGAACGUGACGUCUGCACCAUUAACUCCUUUUGGGAUGCUGGGUGGCCUUGUUCCUGUGACUGUGCCCUUCCAGUUUCCCUUGGAGCUGCUUGGCUUUGGGACAGACACAGCUGGAGCGACAACCACCUCGGGAUCUACCUCAGCGGCUUUCCACCACAACCUAACUCAGAACUUACUGAAGGGUUUACAGCCAGGUGCUCAGCAUGCAGCAACGCUGUCUCACUCACCUCUGCCUGCUCACUUGCAGCAAGCUUACACAGAUGGAGGCCAAAGUAAAGGGGACACUAAGUUACAGCGGAAAAACCAGUGACUUCUGGACAAGCAAGGGAGCUGAAGCAGUUCUGGUUGGCUGACAGAAUCUGCCCAGUUGGGAAAGUGCUUAUUGUCACAGGGCUGCUGUUUCUGUCAAUGUUUACAUAUUCUGAUCCUAAGCACUGUGGUGAGAGGAAGAAGAAAAAUAAAACAAUACUUGAUCAAAGAGAGAAGGAAAAGGAGGACUGGUCCUCCUGGUCAUGCAGACUGGUCACAGUUUGAUAUUGCCUAAAGAAACAACCUUUUUUAUCUGCUCUGAUUGGCUCUUAAAAGAAAUUGAUCGUCAAACCCACAGCAGCACCAACAUUUUGUUUCUGGGUGAAGUCCAAUGAAAAGUGGAAAUGGUGAAAGGAGCUAGAAUAGGUUUCUCCAUUCAUUGCGUAAGGUGGAUUCAUCCUUAGUGCCCAAAGUGCCCAGUGUAAAAUUAUGUGUAGGUCCUGAGUGUACUAUACGGUUGUGGACCAAAGGUUAUGUAGAAUAGAGAUGGUGCUGGGAUACUUUGCAUUAUAAUUAAACCUUUAGACAAAAGCAGUUUCCGAUAAUGGGCAUUCAUCCAGCUUUAGAAGGCUGUUUGGCUUUAGGGAGCCUACAGAUGUAUGCAGUCUCAAUAGAGAAUUGUCUUCAAAAACAGAUCUCCUGGUACAUCAAUAUGUGAGACACAGACUAUUUGUUUUGAUUAAUUUUCAGGAUUUUUUUAAGUACAAAAGUUCUUAUUUAAGGGAGGAAGGGGAUGAAAAUUCAUUCACAUGAAAAGAAACCCAUAUUUUAUUGGUCAGACUAGCAUUUCUUUCCCACAUUUUUAAAUCACACUAAUGUUUCAGUAUUUCCUUUUGUUAAACUUUUUAUCUUGUGCUUAUUUGCUACUGAAAAGAUACUCUAUUCAUGUCUUUCAUAAACCACAACCAGUUCUUUUCUCAUUCUCAGGCUUCAUCUUUUAUCUUACUCCUCCCAGAAGCCAUGCAUUAUAUUGAUUUGCUAGUUAAAGAAAGCUGAUUGUGACCUAUUCCAGAGUCAAAUUAAUACUGCUUCAGGCAUUAGCCAAAGAAGAGUCGUUCAAAAGCGACCAGAGGUGCCUUCUCUUCUGGGGGCUGAAUGGGUUGUCUCCAGCAUUUCCAGCCCCUGCUGGCCUGGGGAGUUUGACCUGAACUCUUUUUACAUGGUAGCGCAAGACUGCAGAGCUGGCUUUGUUGUUUUGGUUUUUUUUUUCUUUGAUAGCAAUACAUCAACCAGUUCACAUGUAAGAUUAGGAAGCAUCCGGCACAUGUUGCACUUUUGACACUAGGACAGAACUUUGGUGUUGAGUUGCUUGUGCUGUCGGAUAAAAGGUGAGAAUGGCAGAAAUAUAAAAUUAUUUAUGACUAAGUAAGUCAUAAAGAAAAGGAGCAAAUAAACCAGUAUGAUGCCCUUCUCCUUCAACCCUGAAACAUUCCUUUGACCAGAGAUGCUGAAAUUCUUAGUAAAUAGUUUUUCUGGUAGUUUGACUUGAGAUUGAACCAGACACUACUGGUUAUCUCACACCUUUUAGAGAGACUUUGACCCCUGAAUAAUGAAUCUUCAAUGUUUUUUGCUAGAUAACUUAGAGCUUGCAGGUUUCUUUUACAUGUGAUUUAUUUUUCUUAGAUCAGGCAACAAUUUCUUUUCUAUUUAGAGCUCAUUUUAAUUUUAUAUAAAUAUAUAUGCAUAAAUUUAAAAUAAUAUAUAUUGUGUAUUUAGUAUAAAAAUGUUGGGUUGAGCUCAGCAAUAAAUGUUUUUGCACAACACUUCUGUGAAAGACAGAUUGGUUUAAGAUCCAUUAGUUCAUAAGUUUCACUCCACAGCAUCUGCCAAUUAAAUGCUUUUUAGCUGGCGCUAAUGUUUUGUAUAUGGUGUGUUGAUCAGAUAAGCUUGCAUCUCCAUCCUGGUUUAGAGUUGAAACACAUACAGCUAUGGAGACCCUGGCAUUAAUACUGCACGAAUUCUGUCAAAAUACCAUAAGCUAUUUAGAGUGCAAGCUUCAUCUGAUAUUUUUUUCUUUUUUUCAGGAAGGGUUGAAGGAAGCCAACUUUUGUUUUUUGAGGCCUAACAGUUCUGGCAGGAUGUUAAUUGUCUGAACUGUGUCAAACCU